AUGGAUUGGGAAUUGCCGUUCGUGUCUGGAAAUGCUUGGAAUGGAGCUCAUUCAGGAACGGGAGAUCCACUUGAGCCUCUACGGCGCUAUGUGAAGGGUAUCUCGUUCACCUCCACAGAAGAGUCAUUGACUCAAGCAUUUUCACCAUUCGGCAAAGUUCUUGAUGCUAACAUAGUGAGAAAUAAAGUUACGAACAAGUCAAAAGGUUUUGGAUAUGUGACCUUUGAGACGGAGGAGGAUGCCGAAAAGGCUUUGGUGAACAUGAAUGGGAAGAUGGUGGAUCAACGCGUUGUUUUAGUGGACAAAGCAUGGCCAGACAACAGGAAGGCCAAAAAUGCAGGUUGA